UUUCCAGUCUAGUGGAUCGGUGGUUAGUCGCUCACAGCCCACUAACAGGAGUGGAUUACAUUUGUAUAUAUGUAUACGUUCUGAAUGUUCUAUCAGCGACCGUGAGAAUCAGAUCAUACAAUAAGGCAUAGCGUGAAGAAUCAGUGCACUACACUAAGGCAGUCGGUGGUCUAGUCAAAUGUAAAUAGGAUUUGCAAAACUCCUGUAUUCGUUUACAAUUUACUAUAUAGCUCGUUAUCACGUUAAGACGUCCGAAUAAAAUCACCGGUGUACUUACAUUUCAUCAGUGAGUGCCAGAAACAUCUUCCAUCUACGGAAAGUGGAAUAUUUGAUGCAACAUGUCUCUCAACCGCCGUGCAACAUACAACAUGCUGCUGAGGAGCAGCGAAAAUCGUUCCGUGCCAUUCUGCAACUGUGAAUAUCCUGCCGUGACACGGUCACGACUUACGGCCAACAAGGUUGAGCGCUGCCGAUGUGGCGAGGAUACCUCAACGCGGUUUGACUGGACCUGGGAUGUUGACUGCGGACAUCCCGAAACGAAGAUCACCAAUGGAACGGAAAUCGUGUUCCACCCCGUAUACAGCCAAGGUACUUCAGUUAUACGGGGAACUCAACCCUUGCAGCACGGAAUGCACCAUUACUGGGAAAUCAAGAUACUCAGCCAGCUAGCCGGAACGGAUAUCAUGCUCGGAAUCGGUACAGACAAGGUAGAUCUGCUUUCGCACCGGUUCCAGUUUUCCAGCGUCCUAGGACUAGACGACCAGUCAUGGGGCUAUUCGUACCGCGGUUUGACUCAGCACAACAGCCAGCUUAAAUACUAUGGGAAGAAAUUCAGUCAAGGUCGCAUAAUCGGUGUAUACGUCGAUUUGUUCCGGGGGGUUCUCGAGUUCUACCUAAACCGACGAUCCCAAGGCCGUGCCUAUGCAAACAUUCCACGCGACAGCAACGGAUGCAUUUACCCGAUGAUCUGCUCUACGUCAGCCAAGUCAUCAAUCAAACUUAUCAAUGCAGCAUCUUUCAAGGAUAGCCUAGUGUUCAACUGCAUGAAAGUGAUCUCCAAGUAUCCAAAAUUGUUGGAGCAAGUGCAUGCAGUCCCUGGAUUACGGCGACUUGCAGAUGAUUUGUGGUUCCUUCAGUUGAGGGAACCGAAAAAGACUGAUGAAUUUCAGCGCAACAAUCUGCUGCUAGAGGAUGAAGCUCUACUGUGUGGGUUGAAGAAAAAGAAAUUCAACGACAUUGUUACCCAAAGCCAGUCGCACACCUCGCAGGAAUGUGAAAAUAUAUCUGAAGAUCAGAUAUACGACAAUAUGAUCACGGAAGAAGAUACUAAAAAACAUUCAACGAACAGUAGUCGCACUAUUAGCACUAGCAGCAGCAGUGAGGACGAAGAGCUGGCGUGGAUGAUUUCUCGAGAAUUUUUCUGUAAUCACUGAAAAGUCGUAUAAUCAAGACUUUUCCUUGGUUAACUUGAACAUUUCAGAAUGUGACUGACUUUCAAUUACUUUAUCGGCAGUAGACUUAAGUUUGUUGAAUAUUUAGCUAUAAGGAACCUGUGCCAUUUACACUAACAAUAGAUAUGUGUGUUACCAUAUAUGUUAUUGAAUGAAAUAAAAGUAACUUUAGGCUUA